AUCUGUGUUUUAUCGAUCGCGAUCGAUCAAGCGUACAAAACGGAGGUGAGAUCCUACGACGUAGUCGAAGACGAAAAUUUUGUUUGUUAAGCUAUCUGUUCACUCAUCACUGAGAUCAAUCAUGAGUUUCCAGGAGGAAUGGGAGAGGAAGAAAGAGGAAAGACAACGGAAGCGUACUGAGAUGGAUGGAGGACUUUCAAAAAGGCGAUAUACAUACAUGUAUGGCUCAGUUUCCCCACCAACCAAGACUUCUCACGUGAUAGUCCCAAGUGUUCAGCUGAAACAGACUCCCAAGUCACCCACGGCAAUGAAGAAUAAUAAUCUUGGAGAGAAACCACUCAAUGAAGCUGAAAAGAAGGCAGAGGAGUUGCGUCAAAAGAGAGAGCAGGAGCGUAUCGAGGCUGAACAGCGAGCGAAGGAAGAAAUCAUAACUUCUGUCACAUUGGACCUAGACAAGAAGGAGGAGAUACGUCGAGCUCGUGAAGAACGUGAGCGACAGGAAAUGCUAGAGGCAGAAGAAAGGAAGGCUAGGGCUGAGGUAAGAUGAUACUUGUUGUGUAUGGUUGGUUUGCUUGUGAUUGUGCCGUCCAGAUUGAGUCUUUUUCGGAGAUAGGAGAAACAGGGGGAGGAGGAGGGGGCAGUGGUGGAGAGAGGAAGAGGAAGAAGAUGAGGAAGAGGAGAUGAGGAUUAGGAUGUUGAGGAAGAGGAGGAGGAGAAGAAGAGGAAGGGGAAGAAGGAGAAGAAGGGAAAGGAGAAGAGAUCUAGAUCUAGACCUAUAUUAGAAUCUACCCAAGUCUAACAUUUCUACUUGAAGUCAGAGGAACAUUAAGUUAGAAAAACUUGAAGCAUAUCAAUUUAUUUUACUGUUCCAAAUGAUUGAUUUUGUCA